UAGUAGCAGCCUUUGCAUUUGGGCAAUUACUUGCCCCUUUCGACAUGCAUAUGUAGCGGACAAAGUUGUUAAUUUGUUUCUGAAACUUGCUUGUUGGAUAAAAGUUAUUUGCAACCUGGUUCUAGAUUGCCCGUCUAAUUUAGAUGUACGUCAAAACCCUGUUUAUUUUGAUUUAAUUGCUGUACACAUUGAUGGAUCGAGGUAUAUAUACAUGAGGAAGGUACCAUUGAAGUAUAUGAUAUUCAUUUCAUUUGUCAAUCAUUCUGUGAAGUCCUUUUUGUAAACUAAAUGAUUGUAAGUUUAAUAGUUUAUGCUUGGUGAUUCCGUCCAUGUUGUUUUGACCUUUCCACAUCUGUCACAUGGAAAUAAUCUAAUUGUCUUCUUUCCCUUUUCUUAUUUCUUUAUAAUAAUUGAGGUGAAUGUUGACCCUUUUUUUAUUUGUAAAUUUCAUAUGAUAAUAGUGACACCUAUAAUUUCUAUAUUAGGUGAGACUUUGCAGAGAAAAGGCUUCUGGCCAGGUGUAUGCCAUGAAAAAGUUAAAGAAAUCUGAGAUGCUUCGCAGAGGGCAGGUAGAACAUGUUAAGGCUGAACGGAACCUCCUUGCUGAAGUUGACAGUGCUUGCAUUGUCAAACUGUACUGCUCCUUCCAAGAUGAUGAAUAUUUGUAUCUUAUAAUGGAAUAUCUCCCAGGAGGUGAUAUGAUGACAUUACUUAUGCGCAAGGAUACAUUGACUGAGGAUGAGGCUCGAUUUUAUGUUGCGCAGACAGUCCUUGCAAUUGAGUCUAUCCACAAGCACAAUUACAUUCACAGGGAUAUCAAGCCGGACAAUUUGUUGCUUGACCGUAAUGGGCACAUUAAGCUCUCAGAUUUUGGGUUGUGUAAGCCCUUGGACUGCAGCAAAUUUCCAGAUCUGAAGGAAGAAGAUGAUGGAGUUGGCGGGAACUUUAAUUGUUCAUUAGAGAGUGAUAAGCGUUCUAACCUUCCACCUGUGCCAAGGCGAACACAGCAGGAGCAGUUAUUACACUGGCAAAAGAACAGGAGAAUGUUGGCUUAUUCUACAGUGGGUACUCCUGACUACAUUGCUCCAGAGGUAUUACUGAAGAGAGGAUAUGGAAUGGAGUGUGAUUGGUGGUCUCUUGGAGCAAUUAUGUUUGAGAUGCUUGUGGAUAUCCACCCUUCUAUUCUGAUGACAUGCUACAUGUAG